UCUCUUUUCUCCAUGUCCUAAACCUCAGCAACACAGACCUCACGGGCUCCAUCCCACCUGAUAUUGGUAGAUCGAGUCGUCUCGUAGUUCUUGAUCUUGGGCUUAAUGAAUUGUCUGGCAUCAUCCCUCGUACCAUAGGAAACCUAACAAAGCUAGAAACCCUUUUGCUAGACUAUAAUGAUCUGUCUGGGCAAAUCCCGAAAGGUCUGCAAAACUUAAACAAUCUUAGGCACAUACACCUCGGGAUAAACGGCUUAAGUGGCCGGAUACCAGAGCAAAUUUUCAACAACACGCCUCUGUUAAAUUAUCUCAACUUUGAAAACAACAGUCUAUCAGGGCCGAUACUGCCCGGUAUUGCCUCCUGUCAUAUGCUUGAAUACCUCAGCCUGCGAUGGAAUCAACUGUCCGGUCAAGUACCUCCAACCAUGUUCAACAUGUCUAGACUACAAAAUAUGAUUCUCUCAUUCAACCUGUAUUUGACAGGACCCAUCCCAGGCAACCAAAGCUUUAGUCUACCCAUGCUGCGAAACUUCCGUAUUGGUCGAAACAAUUUCACAGGUCCAAUUCCACCAGGACUUGCAUCAUGCGAACUCCUCCAAGAACUUUCUCUAUCCGUAAACUCCUUUGUGGACUUUGUCCCAACAUGGCUUGCUAAAUUAUCUCAGCUAACUUUCCUUAGUUUAGCUGGAAAUGGCCUUGUCGGUUCAAUUCCGGGUGAGCUCAGUAAUCUCACUAUGCUCAAUGUUCUUGAACUCUCACAUGCAAAUCUAAGUGGAAAGAUUCCAGAUGAAUUAGGAGAAUUGAGUCAACUCACUAAAUUACAUCUUUCAAGUAAUCAACUAACAGGUUCUUUUCCAGCUUUAGUUGGGAACCUAACCCAACUGUCUUUACUAGCAGUAGAUUCGAACGAGUUAACUGGAUCAGUCCCAGCAAAUAUUGGGAAUCUCAUAUCCCUUAACAUUCUUAGUAUUGGAAAAAAUCACCUCACAGGGAGACUUGAUUUCUUGUCUACUCUCUCCAACUGUAAACAACUCAAAUACAUCGGCAUAGAAAUGUGUUCUUUCACCGGUAUAAUUCCUGCUUACAUUGGAAACCUCUCUAAAAAGUUAAGAAAAUUUUAUGCAUACAACAACCAUUUAACUGGCAUAAUUCCGACAACAAUAUCAAAUCUAAGUCAUCUCAGUACAGUAUCCUUUACUGGCAACCAAUUAAGUGGCACAAUCCCAGAUUCCAUUACACUAUUGGAGAAUCUCGAGUUACUAUUCCUAUCUGAAAAUAGCAUGAUUGGCCCAAUCCCAACACAAAUUGGCACCCUAACAAGAUUGCUAGAAUUAUCCUUGGAAGGCAAUAUAUUUUCUGGCCCCAUACCAAAGUUAAGAAAAUGGUGUUGGUAACCUCAGUAUGCUAGAACGCACUUCUUUUGCAGAUAACCAACUGUCUUCAACUAUACCCGAGAGCUUAUACCAUCUUAGUAACCUUCGUGUAUUACUUCUAUAUGAUAACUCCCUUAGCGGCGCAUUGCACCCUGAUCUCGGUUCCAUGAAAGCAAUAGACAUAGUAGAUAUAUCUGGUAACAACUUGGUUGGUAGCCUCCAAAAUUCAUUUGGACAGCAUGGAUUGUUAAGCUACCUUGAUCUAUCACACAAUGCGCUGCAAGGUUCAAUCCCAGACUCUUUCAAAGGAUUACUGAACCUAGGACUACUGGACCUAUCUUUUAACAACCUUUCUGGCACUAUCCCGAAGUAUUUGGCCAACUUUACUUCUCUGAGUAGCUUGAACCUCUCUUUUAAUAAGUUCCAAGGUGAGAUACCAGAUGGAGGGAUUUUCUCAAACAUCAGUGCGGAAUCUUUGAUGGGAAAUGCCGGAUUGUGUGGCGCCCCACAACUAGGAUUUUCCUCAUGCCAUUGCGAUUCUCACCCAACCAACAGGCACUUGCUAAGAUUUGUGCUGCCGACUGUCAUAAUAACAGCUGGAGUUGUAGCAAUUUUUCUUAUGCCUGAUAAUCAGGAAGAAAAAUCCAAAGCAGCCAGAUGUUACGACUUCUAUUGACAUGGCUGAUGUGAUCAGCUAUAGGUUAGUUUCCUACCAUGAUAUUGUUCGAGCAACUGAAAAUUUCAAUGAGGACAACCUUCUUGGAGUUGGAAGUUUUGGCAAAGUUUUUAAGGGCCAACUGGACAAUGGUUUGGUGGUCGCGAUAAAAGUACUCAACAUGCAAGUCGAGCAGGCUGUGAGGAGCUUUGAUGCUGAAUGUCAAGUGUUGCGGAUGGCUCGGCAUCGCAACUUAAUACGGAUAUUGAAUAGCUGUUCCAACCUGGAUUUCAGAGCACUGCUGCUCGAGUACAUGCCAAAUGGCAGCUUGGAUGCACACCUGCACACUGAAAAUAUCGAACCACUAGGAUUCAUCAAAAGAUUGGACAUUAUGCUUGGCGUGGCAGAGGCGAUGGAGUACCUGCACCAUCAUCACUGUGAAGUUGUUCUACACUGCGAUCUGAAGCCUAGCAAUGUGUUGUUCGAUGAGGAUAUUGAAGGGGCGCGUAGAGAUAAACAAAAACUUUUCCUACGUGAACUCCCAAGAUCUAGCCGAGGUAGAAGGCCACGAGGAUUACCACUAGACGCGCAGUUGCGGAUUAUC